CUUCUCGAAGGCUGCCACGCCCUUGUACCAGAAAUCCCAACACCAUACGGUUACACACCAAGCUUGCCAGCCGGCAUCAUCUUUUGCGUCCUAUUCCUAGGCUUUACAGCCCUCAACCUCUACCGAAGCAUACGAUACAGAGUAUGGCCGAGCUACAUGCUCACCCUUUGCGCCGCCGGUGAGCUCAUCGGCUGGGUUGGGCGAGCAUGGGCUUCCCGAUGCCCCUACAACUCGCAGGCCUUUCCAUUGCAGGAGAUAUGUCUUGUCAUCUCCCCAGUUUUCCUCGCCGCAACGCUGUAUCUCUACCUCGGCAUCUUCAUCAAGCUCACGGGUGAAGAGUUCUCCCUUCUCAAGAGGAAGUGGUACAUCCGCGUCUUUCUCACAAGCGACAUUGUCAGCCUCCUCGUUCAAUCCGCAGGCGCAGGUGUAGCAAUCGGCGAGCUUGGCGGUACACAAACCGGCUCUUCAACCGGCGUCCAUAUCGUCGUGGGCGGCCUUGUCUUUCAGUGCAUAUCAAUGAUGGCUUUCAUUGCCUGUUUUGUGCACUUUAUCGUCAAGUCCAGCGGUCAUCGGCAGUCCAGGAGCAACGCCUUCGUCGCCGCCACCGCCGUCGGAGUGCUAGCUGUGUAUAUACGCUGCAUCUAUCGGACUGUUCAGCUCGCUCAGGGAUUUGCAGGAUACCUAUCGGUUCACGAAGGCUAUUUCAUUGGUCUGGAUGCCAUCAUGAUCGUUAUUGCGUAUGCGGGGUUC